GCUUAUGUAGCGUGUAGUGCGUUGGUGGUUAUGCCAUGUUGGCGGAAGUGUUCAGUUUAUUGUAGUACUAAAUGGCAUCAGAAAGUAAAAUUGUUGAUUUUGGAUAAAGGGUAGUUUUUUCUCAAAACUCCUUUUGGAAGUACAACACAUUUGUCAUCAUGGAGAAAGCGAAAAUAAUCUUGCCCAAAGGACCCGAAACAUUGUGCUUUGAUAAAGAUGAGUUCAUGAAGGAAAACUUUGAUGUGGACCAUUUUGUGUCUGAUUGCCGAAAGCGAGUCCAACUAGAAGAACUUCGAGAUGACUUGGAACUGUAUUACAAGCUUCUUAAAACUGCUAUGGUGGAACUGAUAAACAAGGACUAUGCAGAUUUUGUUAACCUGUCAACUAACCUGGUUGGCAUGGAUAAAGCCCUGAACCAGCUUAGUGUGCCUUUAGGACAGUUAAAAGAAGAAGUAUUGGGCCUCAAAUCUUCUGUGAGCGAAAGUAUUCUUGCCAUUGACCAGCACCUUGUCAAACAGGAAGAUAUUCGAAAAAAAAAGAUGUGUGUUUUACGACUGAUCCAGGUGAUCCGUUCUGUUGAGAAAAUAGAAAAAAUUUUACACACUCAAAACUCCAGUGAAAUGUCUAGUCUAGAAAUAAACAGCCCAUUACUGGCUGGACCUAUUUUAGAAAGGAUAGCAACUGAAUUCAACCAGUUACAGUUUCAUGCUGUGCAGAGCAAGGGGAUGCCUCUUUUGGAUAAAGUGCGACCUAGGAUAGCUGGUAUUACUGCCAUGUUGCAGCAGUCUCUAGAAGGACUUCUACUUGAAGGACUGCAGACUUCUAACAUUGACAUUGUUCGUCAUUGUUUGAGAACGUAUGCCACGAUUGACAAAACGCGAGAUGCUGAAGCACUUGUUGGUCAAGUACUUGUGAAGCCCUACAUAGAAGAGGUGAUUGUGGAACAGUUUGUUCAGUCACAUCCUAAUGGUCUUCAGCUAAUGUAUACUAAACUGUUGGAGUUUGUUCCCCAACAUUGUCGUCUUCUGCGUGAAGUGACAGGAGGCUCCAUCUCAAGUGACAAAGCAGACAUAGUUCCUGGUUAUGACUUUUUAGUGAAUUCAGUUUGGCCUGAAAUGGUACGUGGCUUAGAAGAAAGGCUGCCAUCCCUUUUUAGCCCUGGAAAUCCUGAUGUGUUUCAUGAGAAAUACAUUAUAAGUAUGGAUUUUGUAAAAAAGUUUGAAAGGCAGUGUGGAUCACAAGCCAGUGUGAAACGUUUACGGUCCCAUCCUGCAUAUCAUAAUUUCAGCAACAAGUGGAAUUUACCAGUUUAUUUCCAGAUAAGGUUUAAAGAAAUUGCUGGAAGCUUAGAAACUGUGUUAUCUGAAGGUCUACAGGCUGCACCAGUUGGGAGUAUAUAUUGCCUUUUGGCAUCACAUGUUCUUUGGAUGAAUCUUCAGAAAUGUUGGUCAGAUCAAAUUUACCUACCCUUGUUGGCUCACCGAUUUUGGAAGCUUACCUUACAGAUGCUGUCACGAUAUUCUAAAUUUGUAAAUGAGGUGCCAUUAGCAGAUGGAGUGAAAGAUGAUGCAAAACCUGUCAAAGUUAAUGGUAGAGACAGUUCCUUUACAGCGUCUAGCACUGGUGAAGAUCAGGGAAGUGUUUCCAGCAAUGGAGACAAGUCGGCUUCAUUGUCUACUAAACAGAUGGCACUUAUUGUUGCAGAUGUGGAUAAGUUAAAGGAACAGAUCAUGGAGCUUCUGGAAGUAAUAAAACCAAAACUUGAAGAACUUGGUUGCAAGAACAUAUCUUCUGUUUCAGAGGCAAUUAAGGAUUCUCAGACCUCAUUGAGUAGCUGCAUACCAACCUUAAGCAGCAAAAUAAUACAGGACUUAAGUGAAGCUUGUUUUGUUUGCCUUAAAUCUGCAUCAGAAGUUCCAAGGCUGUACAGGAGGACCAACAAGGAGGUACCAAAUAAGGCCUCACAAUAUUUGGACAGUGCUCUGAAGCCCUUAUAUCAGUUCCAAAAUGAUUACAAGGAGAUUGUGAAGCAGUCCACAAUGGAAGAAUGGCUGAGAGGAGCACUUUCUGAAAGUGUGCAAAGGUACUAUGAAACUGUAUCAGAUGUUCUGAGCUCUGUAAAGAAGAUGGAAGAGAGUCUCAAAAGACUUAAACAAGCCAGGAAAACUGUUACUUCCACCAGUACAGGACUGAAUGCUGGAGUCAGUGAUGAUAACAAAAUUAGGUUACAGUUGGCACUGGAUGUAGAAUAUUUGGGUGAAAACGUGCAGAAAAUGGGUUUGAAAACAUCAGAUGUUAAACUGUUUCCAGCUCUUCUAGAACUGGUUCUAGCAGCUAAAGCACAGGCUGCAUCGGAAUAACAAGUGAAGCUAAGCCAAAAAAAUAAUGGAAUGACUUUCCUCUGACUGAGAGAUAAUGGAAGCUUCUGAAGUAAAGAGGAGGAGUUUUCCUUUUGACCAAGUCUGGAAUUAUCCAGUCAUUUUCAUGGAGUAUUUUGAAGGCAUACUGGUGUUCUGACUGUCACAUUCAAGUGCUGCAGUGUAUCACAUACAAAGAAAUAUGCUACCUGAAUUUGAAGAUUUAUUACAAACUGCUUUUGGCAGCAGCAAUAUGACUGGUCAACAGACUUCUCAAGAAGAAAGCCAAUAAACCAGUCGUAUUGUGUGUAGUAUGAUGUUAUUUCACAUCUGUAAUGUAUGGCAGAAGGAACCCUUCAAAUGUUACAGCCAUGUAUAAAAUAGGUGCUCUUUAGAGGGCUGUUGGAUAUUCAGCAUCACAUCUGCACUUCUUUAAUUUGGUUAUUGAUGAUUUGUUGGUUAUUUUAUUUCAAUGCCCCUACCCCAUUCAGAAAUCAAUAAAUGAAAAUGACCUCUCUUCUUCUGUAAAAAAAUAAAUACAAGUGCUCAGAUUUAAUA